AUGCGAAUAAAAUGUGUGUUACUCCGUGCAAUGACAUUUCUCUUACUUGAUGAAUCUGAAAGAGACAAUCGACUAUUAUCAACAUCGUCCAAAGAUAUUGUAGCAAUAGAUAAGAUUAAUGAGAAUUCAAUAAAACGAACAUCUGGACUUAUAUGUAAUUUAAAACAAGUUCAAUGGGAAAAAAAUGGAAAAUUUUCAUUGAGAAAUAUUCUAUUCGAUGCUCUUCCAGGUGAUUUAAUCUGUAUUAUUAGACCUGUUGGAUCUGGAAAAAGUUUGCUUUUACAAACAUUAACAGGUGAAAUAACUUAUUCUGAUGGAAAAGAUUUUGUUCAAUUAUCUCAUGGUGCAAAUACACUUGUUGGUGAUCAAGGUGUUAUGUUAUCUGGAGAUCAAAAAGCACAUGUUAAUAUGGCAAGAGUACUUUAUCGUGAUGCUGAUAUUUAUCUAUUAGAUGAUCCACUUUGA